AUGCUGCGGGCUCCCAGACAGCUGUUGCGGCUGGCGCCCAGCUUGAUUCUCUACCAGCAAAAGGAGGGGAUGGUAGCAACUGGACCAAGGCAAGUGGCAGACUCCUCAAGAUGCGGAGCUGUGCUUCCAGAAGCAGCCGCCCGCAGCGGCGCGGAACACUCCGCCAUGGCCUGGCACGCGGUUUAUGAUGAGGUUGCGUGCUCUAGCAGCUUAUGUGGUGACGAUGUAUUUGAGGCUCUUGAAGUGAAGGGGGCGCCGGGAAAACUGUACGCUCUUCAGGGAGACGUGGGAAAAGAAGAAAGCAUCCUCGCAGCUUUCAAAUGGAUUAGGGAGAACCUCAAAGGUGUCGACAUCCUCAUCAACAGCGCCGGUGCCGACUACGACACUGAUUUUAUAUCCGGUAAAACAGAACACUGGAGACAGAUGUUUGAGGUGAACGAGCUUGGCCUGGCCAUCUGCAGCAGGGAGGCGGUCCAGGACAUGAUGAGGAGGGGCGUCGACGACGGCUUCAUCAUCCACAUCAGCAGCAUUUCAGCCCAUGAACCGACGCUGAGUGACGGCCUCGGGAUGCACUCAGCCAACAAAUCAGCUGUGAGGGUCAUGGCGGAAGGACUCAGGAAGGACCUCGUCGCCAGAAAGAGCAACAUUCGUGUUGGGCAAAUUUCUCCAGGGGUCGUGUUAACCAAUGCGAUGAACCAGUCUGAAAGGUGGGCACAGACUUUCAAGUCAAUGCCUUACUUGGAAGCGGAAGAUAUAGCAAAAGCCGUGGUCUAUAUGCUUUCCCAGCACCCAAGAGUUCAGGUUCACGACAUCAUUAUCCGACCAACAGGAGAAUUUUACGGGUGA